AUGGGUCCUCCUGGCGAUUCACAGGUCAUUUCUACCGAUUUCCAACGGGAUAUUCCGGGAGUUGGUAAUGGAGCCUAUGACAAUUACUCACCAUCUGAUGAGUUCUCCAGACUCGAUGUCGGGGAUGAUUUUUGUCUCCACUGCCAUGAGGGAUUUAAGGUGAACGAAAAAGUUGUUCAGGCUCGAAAUGAGAAAUACCACGUGGACUGUUUUGUCUGCGCACAGUGCUUCCAGCCUUUUCCAGACGGUGUAUAUUACGAUUUCGACGGAAGAAAGUAUUGCGAGCAUGAUUUCCAUGUGCUCUUUGCGCCUUGCUGUGGUAAAUGUGGCUACUUCAUCGUUGGUCGCGUCAUAAAGGCAAUGAAUAGCAGUUGGCAUCCUGAGUGUUUCCGUUGCCAAAUCUGCGACAAGUGCCUAGCGGAUGAUGGUUUCGUUAAACAUGCUGGCAGAGCUUUAUGUCAUGAAUGCAAUGCCCGAGAAAAAGCGAAUAGCUCUGACCGUAUUCUCUGCUUUAAAUGCCAUUCAUAUGUUGACGAAAGCCAGCAACUUAAGUAUCAAUCAGAGGUGUAUCACGCCUACCAUUUUACUUGUUCAUCAUGUGGAUCUGAGCUCAGUUCUGAUGCUCGAGAAAAGGACGGAGACCUCUACUGUCUCCGCUGUUUCGAUAAAAUGGGAAUCCCAAUUUGUGGCGCUUGUCGUCGACCUAUUGAGGAGAGAGUAGUCCAUGCGCUGGGUAAGACCUGGCAUGUGGAACACUUCGUUUGUGCACGCUGUGAAAAGCCGUUUUUGGGUUCACGACAUUACGAGAAAAAGGGACUGGCCUACUGCGAACUUCAUUACCAGCAGUUGUUCGGCAUGCUGUGCUACUCUUGUAAUCAGGUCAUCCCUGGGGAGACUGUGUUUGCUCUGAACAAGGCUUGGUGUGUUGACCACUUUGGGUGCAUUGCCUGUGAUCGACGCAUCAGCCCGAAGACGAAGUUUUACGAAUUCGACCUCCGUCCCGUUUGCAAAUCCUGCUACGAGAUGUUCCCGAUAGAACUGCGGAAGCGAAUCGCCAAAAUGCACAAACUGGAGGAUUGA